AUGGCCGGCGCGACCGCAGAUCCGCCAGACGAUGCGGCCGCCUCGGCAGCGACCCCACAACAAGCGACUGAGACGGCUCAGGAAGCGGGAGGGACAGCGGCGCCGACAGUCCCGCUGGAAGACUGCUUCAUUCGCUUCCGACUGAGCGCGAUCGACUACAUCCAGGCGCCCGACCGCUCAAAGUACGACAACCGUCGCUCGCCGUUCGCAAAGGACGAGUUGCGCGCUGUACCGGUCAUUCGGAUCUGGGGAGCGACGGACAGAGGGCAGAGGGUGACGGCGCACGUGCAUGGAGCGUACCCUUACGUCUAUGUCGACUACAAGGGCAAACUGGAUCCCGAGUCGGUCAAUGACUACAUUCGGCGUUUCGGUUCGGCGCUGAAUCGGGCGAUGGAGCUGUCCCUCCCGUCGAAGCACAAGAAGGGACAAUCGCCUCAAUACGUCGCCUUCGUCGUUCUUUGCAAAGGGACGCACUUUUACGGCUACUCGGUCGGCUACAAGCCCUUUCUCAAGGUCUACAUGGUCAACCCGCGGCACAAGAACCGACUCUCAGAGCUGCUCAGGAGCGGCGCUGUCCUCCAGACCCAGUUCGACGUUUACGAGGCGCACAUUCCUUUCCUCCUGCAGUUCAUGCUCGACGCCAACUUGUUUGGGUGCGGAUGGGUCGAGACGGGAGAGUGCGCCUUCAGGGAAGAGCUGCCAGAUCACCAACCUACGCCCUCCGACGAGUACAAUCCGCCUUCCUGCUCCGGCCCGUACGCUUUCCGCACCUACACGACCCGGACCGUCCCGCCGUCUCGCAUGCACCCCUCUCCAGACGCCGGCGGUCCAGUCAAAGUCUCUUAUUGCGCCCUCGAGCUCGACUUGCCCAUCUCUGCCAUCCUCAAUCGCCGCCGCCUCACUCCUCGCAACCUCCAUCACGACUUCAUCGAGCUCCUCUACCCCGAGCGAGUCGAGCGCGGGAAGAACGUCCGCAGCGUGCGCGAGUUGUGGGAGGACGAGCAGCGUCGGCGGGCGGCAAAGGGCGAGAGCGGCCCUUUCGACAUCGUCGACAACGUACCUCGCGCUUUCGACAAGCGUUCGCCGACCGAUCCGAUCUGGCGACGAGAACCCGAGUUUCGGCGGAAGGUGGCGGCGCGUGUCGAGGAGGACCUUCGCGCCUUCCGCGAGAAGGUUGGACCGAAGGGCAGAGGCGCUCCCGAGUUUGAGACGUACGUCGAGGACAAGGAGAAACUGGUCGAGAAGUCGAGCAGCUGGUGGAUGGAGCGGAUCAGGACGACGUUCGAGCAGGUCGACGCCGUCUACAUCGAGCGCUUCCUCGAGGACGAGGAGAAGAACUACCCAUUCGGUGCUUGGGCUGUUCGAGGCUUUGGACUGAAUGUCACGGAGGCUCAAGAAGCCGCUUGGCUGCAUGCUGGACGAACCGAGGUCGACAUGAACCGGCUGCAGGCCUCGCAGGCUGCGGCGAAGCUUGCGGCCCGGGCAGCCCGGCGGCGGCGACAGGACCCGAGACUCGCCGACGAGGACGACGACGACGGGAUGGAGGCGGACUCGGACCCGGAUGCAGACGGUUCGGACGUUGACGACGGCCGUCAGCCGCCUGCGACGCAGGCCGAAGCGCUUGCUCGUUCGCGACGGACGAUGGAUCGUGCCGAGCAGCGCGGCAGGGAGGACUCGGUGCAGGAAGGCGAGUGGGAGAAGGAUCCGGACGAGGAAGACGACGAGGAGGACUACUGGGGAAUCAACGCCGGCACCGAUCGUCUGCCCGUCGACGGCUCGCUCGACGGACGAAGCGCUUAUUCGGUCUCGCCUAGCGUGUCGCCGACGAAGCGCACGCUCGCAUCGCCUGAGCAGGCGAGGAGUCGCGCUGGCAGCGUCGCUGCCGCUUCGACGGACGAUUCCGAUUCCGCUUCGCCCACCAAGAAGCGCAAAGUUGACGAGGCGGCUCCAGCACUCGCCCGUCUCGCGUCGAACGGCGGUUCCUUCGGUCGUCAAGCAGCCAGCUUCCUACCGAUCGGCCCUCGCGGUCUUUCGCCCUCUAAAGGCGCCACGUCUGCCCAACCAGCUCGGUCGCCGCCCUUAACCCGCUCGCCCUCGCGCGACGGCUCGACUCCGGCUGUUUCACCGUCUAAAAGGACGAAGCACAACCCGUUCGCGAGUCCGAACAAAGGGGUCGUCGUGCGCAUCGCCAAGUCGGCCUCGAAUGCGCCGAGCCCGCAGAACGCAUCUCCGAUUGCAGAAGAGGGUCCAGAGGCUCUCUUCACGUUUCGAGCAGCAGCAGCCGUGGGCGAUGAGUCGCCAUCUAAGCCAAUCGUCGCUUCGCAUGUGUCGGAGACGCGGUCGUCGGCUCCGCCCCUCGAGUACUUCCUCCAGUCGUCAGCAGAGUCUGCUCAGGACAGCUCGCCUACGCCUCCCGAGCGCAUGCGCUCAGCAGGGACGCCGUCGCAAGCAGUCGCCGAGCUGGCGGAUUUGCCGGACGAUGCCUUCGACGAGGAGUACCAGCCGACGCCGACCAUCAAGGAGGAAGUCCCUUCGCAGGUACCGCUCGAGCUGCGAUCGUCUCCUGGUUUACUUCGUCUCAUUGCGAACGGCAGCAACAGCUCGGCUCGAGCUGAUCCGCUCGAGGCUAGCGAGUCGGAGCAGGAGGAGGACGUCAAGCCGCUGUUUGAGGUGGAGCAGCCGAUUAAGAAGCACGUCGCGUUCGCCGACCCGCGCGCCGGCCCAAUCAGCUCAGCGUCCUCACCACGGACGGCAACUCCCGCCAUUUCGACUGCCGAAUCCGCGAAAACGCAACCGAGCUCGGCCGAUCACACGUCUCAACAAACGAGCGAGUCCGAUUCGACAACGGUUGCACCUCCUCCUCCGCCUCGGAAGGACUACCCGCAGGCUCGGCACACCUUCACCUACUCUGCACCACCACCGGCAUCUUCGCAGCUUCUGCAGACGAUCGAGUCGUACGGGCAGCCCGCGUUUCGGUACAAGGACCCGCACUACAGCAAGCCUGCCGACGUCCCACGCAAGGCGCGCGAGUACGGCGGACGGUCCUUCAGGCUCUACGGCACGACUAUCAAGUCGCUCCCGCCUUUCAUGCAUUACGAUGGCGACCGCCGAGUGCCCUCCGACGAGGACGGCAGGAGGAAGCGGAGGAUCAGGAAGGUCAAGACUUGGGAGGCCGCGAAAAGACCGCCGACACUCGCCGAUGCUCGGGUGUGGCUCGAGGCCAAUGGUGCUGCAUCGGCGCAAGCGAAGAAGCCGCGCUUCAACCCGAUCAAGUCGCAGAUCGAAGGGCCGACGCAGAAGAGCGAAAAGUUCACCGCUACCAAGGGUGCUGCAACCCAGCGCGAGAAGCAGCACAUGGCCGUCUUGUCAAUGGAGCUACAUGUAAACACUCGAGACGACCUGCUCCCCGACCCGAAGGAAGACGCGAUCGAGGCCAUAUUCUACUGCCUGCAGUCCGACAACGAGGAUCUCGACGCCAACGGUCGCUCGCCUAACACGCAUGUCGGCGUCAUCGCAGUCGGCACCGACGACUCGUACCGCGUACUCGGCAUCACCGACUAUGCGCUCGAGUUUGUCGAGGACGAACUGACGCUGAUCGGCGCGUUCCUAGACAAGCUGCGAGAUGAGUGGGACCCAGAAUGCGUCGCAGGGUACGAGGUGCACCAUGCUUCCUGGGGUUACUUGCUGGAACGAGCCGAAGCCCGUUUCAGCUGGAACCUCGUGCCAGAGCUCGGCAGGGUCAAGUACGGCGACACCGGCAGGUUCGGCAACGCGCAGACGGACCGCUGGGGAUUCAAUCAGUCGUCGACGCUCAACUUCACCGGCCGACACGUCCUUCCGAUCUGGCGCAUUCUCAAAGCCGACAACAAGUUCCAGCAGAACAGCUUCGAGCACAUUGCCUUUCACGUCCUCCGCGAAAGAACGCCGCGCUGGUCGUUCCGCGUACUCACCGAGUGGUACACGUCCGACGACCCCGCCAAGAUCGCCAAAGUCUUCCAGUAUUGGCGAAACCGCGUCGAGAUGAACAUCGAGAUGAUCGACGCGGCCGAAGUCGUGGACCAGUGCUGCGAAUCGGCACGAGUCUUCGGCGUCGACUUCAACUCGGUUCGCACGCGCGGCAGCCAGUUCAAGGUCGAGUCGGUGAUGUUCAAGAUCAGCAAGCCCGAGAGCUUCCUCCUCCUCUCUCCGAACCGAGUCCAGGUCGGCAAGCAGAACGCCGCCGAAUGCCAGCCGCUCAUCAUGGAGCCGAAGUCGGCCUUCUACAAGGGACCGCUCCUCGUCAUGGACUUCCAGUCGCUCUACCCGUCGGUCAUGAUCGCCUACAACUACUGCUACUCGACAUGCCUCGGCCGCGUGCAUGACUUCAAGGGAUCUUCAAAGUUUGGGACGAGCGAGGUGAACCUGCCGGCCGGACUGCUCCAGCUGAUGAAGGACGACAUCACGAUCUCGCCGAACGGUAUGAUGUUCGUCAAGCCUCGAAUCCGCAAGUCGCUCCUCGCCAAGAUGCUCAGCGAAUUACUCGACACUCGCGUGAUGGUCAAGUCCAGCAUGAAAGGCGUCGAAGGCGACAAGGCUUUGACAAAGCUUCUGAAUGCUCGCCAGCUCGCCUUGAAGUUUCUCGCAAAUGUCACGUACGGCUACACGUCCGCUACCUUCUCCGGCAGGAUGCCCGCCGUCGAAAUUGCCGACGCGAUCGUCCAGACCGGCCGCGAGACGCUCGAGAGGGCACUCGAGACGAUUCACUCCGUCAAAGAGUGGGGCGCCGAGGUUGUAUACGGCGACACCGACUCGCUCUUCAUCUAUCUUCCCGGCAAAACCAAGGACGAGGCCUUCCGCAUCGGCAACGAGAUCGCCGACGUCGUAACGUCGCAGAACCCUCGGCCCAUCAAGCUCAAGUUCGAGAAGGUCUACCUUCCUUGCGUACUCCUCGCCAAGAAGCGCUACGUCGGAUUCAAGUACGAGUACAAGGCGCAGAAGGAGCCGGACUUUGACGCCAAGGGCAUCGAGACGGUCCGCCGUGACGGAAUCGCGGCGACGCAGAAGAUGCAGGAGACUUGCCUCAAGAUCCUGUUCCGUACCUCCGACCUCUCGCUCGUCAAGGAGUACUGCCAGCGGCAAUGGAAGAAGCUGCAGGCCGGAGACAUCUCGCCUCAAGACUUUGUCAUCGCCAAGAAGGUCAAACUCGGCAGCUAUGCGGAGGGGCGUCUUCCGCCGCCUGGGGCAGCUGUCGCCGCUCGCGCUAUGCUCGAGGAUCCGCGCGCCGAGCCGGAGUACGGCGAGCGCGUGCCGUACGUCAUGUUCCAGGCCGAGCCCGGCCAGAAGCAGGUCCACCGAGCCAUCGCGCCGAAGGAGUUUCUCGCCGACCCGCGGCUCCGACUCGACGCAACUCACUACAUCGAGAGGAUGAUGAUCCCGCCUCUCGAGCGCGUCUUCAACCUGAUGGGCGCCGACGUCACGUCUUGGUACCGCGAGAUGGCCAAGUCGAAGCGAGUGCACCGAAUUGCCGACGGCAAGGGCGGUCGCGCUGCGAUGCUCGAGCAGCACUUCAAGAGCAACCGAUGUGUCGCAUGCGACGGUCCUCACGGCGAAGACGGACUCUGUCCCGACUGUCGAGCGCACCCGACGGAGGCCGUCUACUCGCUCUCAACCCGCAAGCAGGCGCUCCUCCAGCCAACGAGCUCGCAAAACUGGCAGACACCUCCACCCUCGUCUUCUAGAUUACCGGCAUUGGAGGGCGGACGCGGACACGGAGGAGGACGUGGUCGUUCGGGACCGACUCGCGACUUCCGCUCGGGAGCAGGCGGAGGCGGCGACCGUUUCGCUGGCGGCAACAAUUUCGGCGGUGCGGCGUCGGGCGGAUGGGGCGCGCCGGCUGCCUCGUCGUACGGCCCGCCUCGUAUGGGCGGAGGGGGCGGUGGGUUCUACCAGGCGCCCUCGUAUGGCGGUGCGGGUGCUGGUGGAGGAUUCUCCGCCUGGUACUGA